AUGCGAAAGGUACAAACGGGCUACCUGCCUUGGGCUUUCUGCCUGUUACGAUUAGCAUGGGGCUCUAUGGCCGAAGUACAAGCGCCUUUUAACACCACCACAGGCUCCCCAUCAACCAACGUCCGUGUCAAUUCCCGACUUCCGGGCAGCUCGUCGUCUCCAGCCGGUUUCGUCUCUGCACUCGGCUCCAAGCACGGGUUUGUCUCAGCACCUGGGGACGGACAUCUCUACCUCAAUGGCGAGCUUUUUGACUUCAGAAGCUUCAACUGCCCCACCCUCUUCGACGGAGGCAAAGAGUUCCAAGCACGCGACUUGGUCGAAACGAUUUCGGCGUUUGGAAGUCCGGUGACCCGGACCUAUACGUUGCAUGUGGCCAACACCAUGUUCUCAGAUGGCCAGCAACCGCCCGCUUGGGCACACAUCCUUGGAUGGAAUGAUUAUACCAAUGAUUGGAAUUACAACGAGACCAAUUGGAGGGAUAUCGAUAAAGCGCUGGACCUAGCGCGCCAACAUGGUGUCAGAGUUAUAAUCCCCAUUAUUAAUCAAGAUUACGGGCCUGUCGACAGCGACUUCGUUGGAAAUUUCAAUGAUUUGAUCCGACAUAGAUACAAUAUCCAAAACUAUACGGAAGCACAACGCACCGUGGAUUGGUUCACAGACCGCGAAAUGAUAGCAAGUUACAAGCAGAUAAUCACCUAUUUCCUCAACCGAAUCAACACCUAUAAUGGGAUUCGAAUCGGAGAUGAUCAGACGAUCUUGGCCUUUGAGACGGGAAACGAAAUGAAUUGGGGUCGUGAAAAUCAGACGAUCCACGACAGACCGGCCCCGGCAAAUUGGACAAUUGAAAUCGCGAAGCACAUCAAGUCACUUGCUCCAAAGACUUUGGUGAUGGAUGGCAGCUACUCGCGUAAUCCAACAGCCGCGUGGGAAGACGAAGUUCUGGAUUCCCCUUUCAUGGUACUGGCGAUCUUCGUCCUUAUCAAAGCCUACAAGACCAAGUACGAGCGCACGGAAAAACGUUCAUCGUCGGCGAGCAUGGCUUUUGUGGAUGACAAAGUGGAAGUCUAUGAUUCAUUCUACAAAAAUGCGACUUGUGCCGGUGCUCUUAUCUGGUCGCUUCGCUCACAUUCCGAAGAUGGGGGCUUUGUCACCCAUGGCGAAGGCAACAACAUUUUCAGCUAUCAUGCCCCGGGCUUCAGGAAUCAGACCUCAGACAAAUUCGACACUCAAGAGGCCGACGUUAUCUCGUUCACUUAUGAUGCCAGCUAUACAGUCCUUGGACUGGAGCCACCGCCUAAACCAGUGCCGGGUGCCCCAGAUGCAUUCCUCGUAACCAAUGGCACGCAUGCCGGUCUUUCAUGGAGAGGCUCGGCAUGGGCGCAACAAUACGAAGUGUAUGGGGCCUUUCUGCAAGACUUGCGCUUCAAUCUAAUCUCGCAAUCCGUGCAGGAUAACGUGGAAGCUGGGCAGCUCUUUGUGCCCUUGGACCCACACGACCCAACCAAGCCGAUCAAGAUCACCCUCCCAGCUCCGAUCCCAGAAAGAUCCCAUGCGGGGUUCAUUGACACCAAGUGGUGUUUACCCGGAUCACCAGCACCGUGUCCUCUGGAAGUCGAUUUCCCAAAACAAGUGGACGAUCCGUCCAAUCCGCGCUCCAAUCAGACCCAACACACCAUCUUCUCCGAUGCAAUCGAUACUGCCCAAAACAUUUACAAGCGUUUGCUCCCUAUGGGCCCCCCUCUGCCUACCAUCCCACUCCCACAACUUUCUCUCUCAUUCACCGGGGGUUGGUUCUCCGUUCGCGCAAUCAGCGCCGAUGGGACCCCUGGAGGUCUUUCUCAAUCAGUUUUCCUUAAAACUGAUUGGAAUGCGAAUGCGGUUAAUUGA